AUGUUUAAAAUCUUUGCUAUUGGUCUUUUAUUCGCCAUGAUUAUGGCUAGUUUUGCACAAAUUAACGAUAAAUGUCUUCAAUGUAUUUGUAAAACUGAAUCUGGUUGUCGUCCACUUGGAUGUGCUUUUGAUGUUAAUUCUGAUUCUUGCGGAUACUAUCAAUUAAAACAAUUGUAUUGGGUUGAUUGUGGUAAACCAGGAGGUUCACUUGCUGCAUGUUCAAAAGAUAAAGCUUGUUCAGAAAAAUGUGUUCGUGCUUAUAUGACACGUUAUGCUUCAAGAUGUACUGGUGGUCGUACACCAACAUGUCAAGAUUAUGCACGUAUUCAUAAUGGUGGACCAAAUGGAUGUAAAAUAGCAGCAACUGCUGGAUAUUGGAAUAAAAUUGCUCCUUGUUAUAAUUCCGGUUAA